AUGACGCUGGCCGCCCAGACUAUACCCGUCAGGGAGUCUGUACAUUCCAACCAAAAAGAGGUGGCCGCAAGUUGUCAGGAGCACAAGGACCAACAACAGUCGCAACGGGCGUCGUACAGAGAUUCGCUCCCAAACGCACCACAACCUCCUGUUUACACCGACGACACCUUUAACGAGAACGAUAACGACAAGAUGUACAGCGAAUACUACGAAGACAUGAUGGGUCCUUCGCCAAAGAAGACCCAGCCACAGAAGCAGGCACCUGCUCUGCCAGCCAAAAGCUCCCUGAGAGCUUCGAGAUUGCUCGACGGCAUGGCUCUCAAGAUUAUUACCAACCAGCCCACCACCAUACAAGCACCCCAAGAGGUCUAUCUCUCCUCAGAAGAGGAGGCCUCGUCUUCUGCCGACGAGUUUUCAGACUAUGAAUAUGAGUCCGACAGCGUAGAGUCAGCCGGGUCCCCGGUCAGGAGGAAGAGCCACGAGGACACCGCUCGUGUCGUCUCUGUUGUGUUUGCCGGAAAGCCCUCCAUCAUCGACCUCCCCUCUACUAGACGGUCUGCCUCCCCCGAAUCGAUCGAGUCCCGGCCUUCAAGCAGACCCUCGAGCAGACCCUCUAGCCGCAUGGUCAUGUCAUCGACUGAACCUUCGCUGCGGAGAAUGUCUACAUCCUCGACCAGUGGCGCUUCCUAUUCCCCCAUUUCCCACCCACCCCGAUCCAGCAGCAUGAUGAUCACUAGCAGCAUGCUGCCCAAGGAGCGUCCUUCUUUCCUCAGCAUCGAUCCCUGUGCUACCAAGACGUACGAGGAGAGGGCUGGUGAGGAGCUGCAACAACAACAGCAGCCUGAGCCUGAGCGCUUGGAGAGACCCAAGACGCCCACCUCCGCCCUCUUCAGAAGAACACUGAGCAUCGUGCGGAAGCGCAGCCGCCCCCAGCUGAGGGAUCUGGCCGCCAACAACUCCUCGCGUGACAGAUUGUCCUCGCCUUCCCUACAAAACCUCCCCCUCAGUGCCCACUCGGACAUCACCCAUCUCAAGGAAGAGCCCGAGCCAUCGGUCAAGACCCCCAACAGCCCCUGGUCCACAUUGAGCUAUCACGACAUCAUGCGGGCGGCCAAGAAGAACUCCCAACCUACCCAACCCCAAACCCCCUCGACCCCAGUUGCCCAAUCGCCCGUAUCACCGGCAGUUAACACGAGAAGCCGCAUUCUGAGUGGUCUCGCAAACAGGAGGAAGAGCAUCAAGAUCGGCUAG